AUGGGUGUCCACAACAUCAUGUCACGCUUUAAGCCUUCGACUGAGCACUCGGAGGCUUCCACUCCUGCUCGCUCCGAUUCUCUCGCUGAGAAGGAUCACGGUAUCGUCGAUGACUCGCCCGUCAAGUAUCUCACCUGGCGUUCGUUCAUCCUCGGUCUCUGUGUCUCCAUGGGUGGUUUCAUCUUCGGUUACUCGACCGGUCAAAUCUCCGGUUUCGAGACCAUGCAAGAUUUCUUGAUGCGCUUCGGUGAGAAGCAGGCUGAUGGCUCCUAUGGCUUCAGCAACGUUCGCUCCGGUUUGAUCGUCGGUCUGCUGUCUAUCGGUACUAUGAUUGGUGCCCUGACUGCCGCUCCCAUUGCCGACCGUUUCGGCCGCAAGCUCUCCAUCUCUUUCUGGUCUCUCAUCCACAUUGUUGGUAUCAUCAUCCAGAUCGCUACCAGCACCAACUGGGUCCAGGUCGCCAUGGGCCGUUGGGUUGCCGGUCUCGGUGUCGGUGCUCUGUCCAGUGUCGUCCCCAUGUACCAGUCGGAGUCUGCCCCCGUGCAGGUUCGUGGUGCCAUGGUUAGUGCCUUCCAGCUGUUCGUCGCCUUCGGUAUCUUCAUCUCCUACAUCGUCAACUUCGGUACGGAGAGAAUCCACUCCACUGCCUCCUGGCGUAUCACCAUGGGUAUCGGUUUCGCCUGGCCCUUGAUCCUGGGUAUCGGUACUCUGUUCCUGCCCGAGUCCCCCCGUUACGCCUACCGCCAGGGCCGCGUCGACGAGGCCCGUGAGGUUAUGUGCAAGCUCUACGGUGUUGGUCCCAACCACACCGUUAUCCUCCGCGAGAUGAGGGAGAUGAAGGACAAGCUCGAUGAGGAGAAGAACGCCGGCACUGCCAAGUGGCACGAGCUCUUCACCGGCCCUCGCAUGUUCUACCGUACCAUGCUGGGUAUUGCUCUCCAGUCUCUUCAACAGCUGACCGGUGCCAACUUCAUCUUCUACUACGGAAACACCAUCUUCCAGUCCACCGGUAUCUCCAACAACUACAUCACCCAGAUCAUUCUCGGUGCGGUCAACUUCUUCAUGACCCUGCCCGGUCUCUACAUUGUCGAGCACUACGGUCGCCGCAAGAGUUUGAUGUACGGUGCCGCCUGGAUGUUCAUCUGCUUCAUGAUCUGGGCCUCGGUCGGUAACUUCGCUCUGGACCUCGACAACCCGCAGUCCACCCCCGCUGCCGGUAAGGCUAUGAUCGUCUUCACCUGCUUCUUCAUCGUCGGUUUCGCGACCACCUGGGGCCCCAUCGUCUGGGCCAUCUGUGGUGAGAUGUACCCUGCCCGCUACCGUGCUGCCUGCAUUGGUAUCGCCACUGCUGCCAACUGGACCUGGAACUUCCUCAUCUCCUUCUUCACCCCCUUCAUCAACUCCGCCAUCCACUUCGCCUACGGCUACGUGUUCGCAGGCUGCUGCUUCGCCGCUAUCUUCGUGGUCUUCUUCUUCGUCAUCGAGAGCAAGGGCCGCAGUCUCGAGGAGGUCGACAGCAUGUACGUGCUGCACGUCCUCCCCUGGAAGAGUGAGAGCUGGGUCCCCCCCGAGGGCAUCAUCGAUGACAUGCGCCACCCUCCCUCCUCCCCCAAGGCCGAGGGCCAGGCUGAGCACAGCGAGCCCGCCAUGGAGCUCCGCGAGUAA